UAGUGUCUGCUGGGUCCCCUCAGGUCUGUCUCUGUGGAUGGAAGUGUGCAGUCCAGCCAUGGGACCAGAGAGAAUCUUGCCGAGUUCUGAGGACGACUUGGGGGAGGACCAACGCCCUGUGGACGGUGCUGUGCUGCAGGGGGGAGCAGUGUGGGUCGGAGGUGAGGAGGGGGGAGAAACGGAGGCAGAUGGAGGGGAAGAGGAGGAGGAGGUGAACAGUGGAGGGUAUUAUUACCAGCCUCUGAACCAGGACCCAGAGGGUCCACACAGCCUGCAGCAGGAGGAGGAGGAGGAGGUGGGGGAGGCGUCCCACUCUGAGCAGCUGCAGCAGGUGCAGCACAGGAUCCAGGUCAUGGGUCUGCACCUCCCUGAAGCUCCGCCUGCAGACAGUGAUGAGGAGGAGGAAGACCCAGAGGGGGCGGCGGCUCAGAGGAGCCGAGCCUCCAUCCCCAUGGAUGCAGAUCACGUGGAGCUGGUGAAGAGGACGAUGGCGGCCGUGGCUCUGCCGUCUCUCAGUGUACCACCGUGGGCUCAGGAGAUCUCAGAGGACCAGUGGAAGGACAUGGUCCAACACACACUUCAGAGCCGACAGAGUGCCGCUGGGCUCAGGCUGCCGCGCCGGGCCAACCUCCAGGGACCAUAGACCCUAAUCGUAGUUCCUACAGACCCAAACACAUCACAAGGACUUGUUUAGGGUCCCCCUGUCCCUGAAUGCACCAUGACAACCGUAACUCUUCCUUACUGACCAUGUGCAGCAGAAACAGACUGGACUGCAGCUGCACCUUCUGAGGGUCAGGUGAUCCACACACCUGUUCUUGUUCUGGACUGUUGUUUGGACCAAUCAGUUUGUUUUGUAACCCUGUGUUGUCCCAACUCAGUGUCGGAUGAUUCUCUUCUCAUUAUAUAUAUCUGUAGUGCAGGCUGGACAGAACCGCUCUCCUGUUGGACCUGGUUCUGACCUGUGUAGAACCUGAGGGACAGUGUGAUACCUGUGUGAAGUAACCAAACGGGUCAGAUAGUUCUGGUUUUAUUGGUUCUGUACAUACAUGAACUGUAUAAAAUCAUACCAUGUGAUGCUUGUUCUGAUUAAACAUCUGUACAUGACAGGAA